UUAUCAUUGCUGCUUGCAUAUCUGCACAUUGACCUAACCGCUGCCCCAGCUGCAGAAUGUCAUCCCCAUCCCAUGCUGGGUGUGUGUGUCUGUGUGUGUGUGUGCGCGCGCGCGCAUGUGCGUCUAUGUGUAGAAAUAAAGUAGGUAGAUAUAGGUGUGCUGCUCUUAUUUAAUCUGUCUCAACUAUGGAGUGAAUGAGUGUCAUUAUUUGUGCACUGUGUCUCCUCUCAGGACCAGGAACACAGCAGUAAGCCACACAGAGCAAGCUCCUGUCCUGUGGGGCUGAGGCUGCAGGAUGGGCUCCGUCAGUGCACACACAGCACAUUCCUGACCCAGUAGGAUAGUCUAGUAGGGUCUCUGCGUAGGGGUCUCUCAAGGAAAGUCUGUGGAGGGUACGGGAUGCAAACAGAAGUGCCCCAAGAGGUUAGGGGAGACAAUACCUCCCCCAAACACACAUGUAAGGACUCCAUGCCAGGUAGCUCAGGUGUGUAAUGUCCCAUAUAUGUAAGAGAAAGAGGUCCUGUGUUGAUAGAAAUGAGGAGAGCUGAUUCCUGGUGGUACUGUGUUCCCAGCUUGUGUGUCUGCGUGGAUGGAUGCCGUGUGCUCGGUGCGUACGUUUGUCUUUUUGCACGAGUGUGUGUGUGUGUGUACGUUGGGCUGGCGGCCUGCGCACCUGAGGGUCCCGUAAGUGGGCACAUGUCUCCGUGGUCUGCCUUGCUUUCUCUCAUGCAGCCAGCCAGCCUCACCUUUUUCUCCCUCACUGACUUAUACUUAAUCUACUCCUUAGGCCUGUCACGUGUCUCUAAACCCUUCUAACUUCUGUUCUCAGGGCUUUUGUAUCUCUCUCUCUCCCAUUUUCCAUCAAUUCCAUGCUUCAGAGAGUGGGGCCACCAGCGUUUUCCCCCUGGGCCUGGGGCAGCCCAAGAGGGCUUGAUGGUCUUUGUGGGUCUGGGGACUGGCAGGGGGUGCAGAGGUUAAAAGUGUGGUCCUCACUCUAGAGAGCUGAGUUGCCAGAUAAAGAAGGAUCACGUGUACUCGUGGAAGUGAGCUGUGGACAGUUCCUAGUGAGGCUGUAUACAGCUGGGUCCCGACUACCAGGCCUAGAAAAGGACCUGGAUACCAGUAGUAAGCGCCCCAUCUGUCUCUGACCAUUAUUCACUGGGCCCAAUUUACUAAAAGCCGUUAGGUUGCCUGGGAAGAGGUGUCAGUGCAGAUAGGGUGGAGAGGUGUGUUCGAGAGUGGCAGCUCCAGGCCUUUUGGGAAGUGAUGCUUGACGGGUACCUGUUACUGAAGUCCCGAGCUGUGCUAGCUGCAGUCUCCUAGGGCAUGGGACCCUGAAGUAUGAGAGGUUUGUGGAGAGCAGAUGCUUCCAGGAGCUCCAGGGGGCUCAUGGCCCCUGCCUCUAGGGCAGAGAGACUCCCAGGCUCUGCAAGGAACGUCCUUUUAAUGUCUCAUAUCCUCUCUGGCUGUCUCUGUGGCACCUCCUCUAGGCGGCUUGGUCCCAAGUCUUGGCUCGUUUUCUGUCUUUCUCCUGUCAUCCCUCACCCUAACCCUGCCCACCCGUCGUGGGGUGCCUGCUGCCUGCCUGCUGUCUGCCUGUAGCAUGCCCGAGCGGUCCGCAUGCAGGCCAUUGGGAAGUACCAAGCUCCCUCCCUGGCCCAGCAUUUUCCCCUGCCCGGCCCGGCUAGCCCCUGGAAGAGCUUUGCCACCUAGAUCACCAUCAGUGUCUCUUGACAAGAACUCAAGCUUAGCCCGGGGUUCUGUUCCUGCUCCCUUGACCCCGGUUCUGCAGGCCCGGCUGGGAGAGACCCAGAUGAGACAGCCGGACAGAAGGUGGCCCUCCCGGGCCUAGGAGUGUAAUCUAGGGCCAGACAGCCUGAAAGCAGAGGUCUAUAGCUAUUGGCUCUUUCCAUCCAUCGUGCAGUGUUGGUGGCCAGGCCAGGUUCUUGAUGGGCAUUCUGUCCUCACACAUCCCCCACAGGAGCACUGUGACCCCGAGUCUGAUUCCUGGCACUGGGGAGGGAACAGAGAGCUGUGCCAGGGAAGCUCCCUGGCAGAAUCCCCUCAUGUCUCUGCAGUAUGUACUUGAGGAUUAAACCCUCAGCCUCUGGGACUGCCCCUCUCCCACCAGGCCACCUCAUCUCCUUUCAGCCCUGCAACUCCCUCUGGCCAACGAUGGGGGCGGCCGCUCGCCAUCCUCAGAGAGCUCCCCGCAGCACCCCACGCCCCCCACCCGGCCCCGCCACAUGCUGGGGCUCCCAUCAACCUUGUUCACACCCCGCAGUAUGGAGAGCAUUGAGAUUGACCAAAAGCUGCAGGAGAUCAUGAAGCAGACAGGGUACCUGACUAUCGGGGGCCAGCGUUACCAAGCAGAAAUCAAUGAUUUGGAGAACCUGGGCGAGAUGGGCAGUGGUACCUGUGGUCAGGUGUGGAAGAUGCGGUUCCGGAAGACAGGCCACAUCAUUGCUGUUAAGCAGAUGCGGCGCUCGGGGAACAAGGAGGAGAAUAAGCGCAUCCUGAUGGACCUGGACGUAGUUCUCAAGAGCCACGACUGCCCCUACAUUGUUCAGUGCUUUGGCACCUUCAUCACCAACACAGACGUCUUCAUUGCCAUGGAGCUCAUGGGCACGUGUGCAGAGAAGCUGAAGAAACGCAUGCAGGGCCCCAUUCCCGAGCGGAUCCUGGGCAAGAUGACUGUGGCGAUUGUGAAAGCAUUGUACUAUCUGAAGGAGAAGCACGGUGUCAUCCAUCGUGACGUCAAACCCUCCAACAUCCUGCUGGACGAGCGGGGCCAGAUCAAGCUCUGUGACUUUGGCAUCAGUGGCCGCCUUGUUGACUCCAAAGCUAAAACACGAAGUGCUGGCUGUGCUGCCUAUAUGGCUCCUGAGCGCAUUGACCCUCCAGACCCCACCAAGCCUGACUAUGACAUCCGAGCCGAUGUGUGGAGCCUGGGCAUCUCACUGGUGGAGCUGGCAACAGGACAGUUCCCCUAUAAGAACUGCAAGACAGACUUUGAGGUCCUCACCAAAGUCCUACAGGAAGAGCCCCCACUCCUGCCUGGUCACAUGGGCUUCUCAGGGGACUUCCAGUCAUUUGUCAAAGACUGCCUUACUAAAGACCACAGGAAGAGACCAAAGUAUAAUAAGCUACUUGAACACAGCUUCAUCAAGCACUAUGAGACCCUCGAGGUGGAUGUCGCGUCCUGGUUUAAGGACGUCAUGGCAAAGACCGAGUCCCCAAGGACUAGUGGAGCCCUGAGCCAGCACCAUCUGCCCUUCUUCAGGUAGCCUCAAGGCAGCGGCCAGCCCCACGGGGGCCCAGGGGCAUGGCCACAGGCCCCCCUUUCCCACCUGGCCAUCCCAGCCGCCCAUCAGGGACCUGGGACCUGGAUGACUGCCAAGGACUGAGGACAGAAAGUAGGGGUACCCAUCCACCUCUGACUCCCUGCCCACCAGCUGUGGACAGAAGGCAUGCUGGUUUCUAAUCCUUCCCACUCUGGGGGUCAGCCAGCUGUGUGAACCCCACCCCACCCCGACAGACACUGUGAACGGAAGACAGCAGGCCAUGAGCAGACUCGCUAUUUAUUCAAUUAUAACCUCUGGGCUGGGGUGACCCCCAUGGGCAGAGAUAAAGCCCUUGUCCCCAUCCCCCCAAAUACCAGUGUCUGUCUUUCCACCUUCUCUCACACACAUGCUCGCUGUACAUUUUCCUUCUGUCCCCUCCCUCUUUACCACUGUCCCUUUCAGGUUUCCCUGUCUCCCUCCCAGCCUCUGCCUCUCUCCUAGCCUAAGCCUGGGCCCAGCCACUCUGCCCUCAGUGGAAGCCCCAGGUUCACCUAGGCUUCCUUAAGUCUUUGCCCCAGGAUGGCUUGUGGGCAUUGUGACUGCAGCCAAACGGGUUGCUGUCUCUGUGUCUGUCUGUCUCUCUUUGAUCUCAGGGGGUCCUUUUGGAGCUUAUUGUAUUUUAUUGUACUUGGUGGGGAUGUGUGUGUGGGAGGGGGGGUGUAUCCUCAUGGGGUGUGUCGGUACCUUCAGAAACUUUUACCAAAGUAAUGUUUGGCUGCUUGUGGUGGGCCCCUCUCCUCCAUUGCCUCAGGCAUUGGGGGUUGGACUGCUUGCUGCUCCUUGUCAUUUCUGGCCUAGGGGAGUCCAGGCUCCAUUGGGGGGACCCUCACAUGGGACUGGGAACUGCUUACAGUUUGGGGUUGAAUAGAAGAGCUCAGGUGGCACAGAGGGAGAUCGGGGGGCCUCAGCCACACAGGUGGCCUUCAGGGAAGGUGUGUUAGGGGUGCAGUAGAGAGUAGCAGGUAGCAGGGAGGGAACUGUCGGGAAUCAGUGACAGGAGUGAUGCCAAGGGGCAGGAAGGGUUCCCACAAGUCAGGGAUUCGGAGUGAAGAAAGUAGAUGUGGAGGUCCGAGCAUGUGUAUGGGGACAAGACGGACAGGCUUGACUGCAGGGCGGCCAGGGUAUUGGGAUGUGAAGUGAUUACCCAUCAUGCCCCUGAGCUUCCCUUAGCUCACCUAGAGCUGGCCAGCUUCAGCCCAGCCUGUGGUCUGGCCUGGGCUAGGUGUCUGUCCCAUUGUCCUGCAAGGGCUGGGACAGAGUGGGGUAUGUUUCCUUUUUGUUGGUGAUGCAUGCAACUCAAGUGUACAAGAGAAUAUAACAAAACAAAACAAUUUACAACCACAAAACCCAGCACCAAAGUUGAGAAACCUUGCUGGAUGUAGCCGAUGCAACCGUAGCUUAGGUGACACCGUGGCUUCACUAUCCUAUUGACUCAUCUUCGUCCUAGUACACAAUGCCACAUGUUAAAAUUGUAAUAGAAAUCGUCUUCUCUGCCCGGGGCAGGGCACCCUCUCUCCUCAUCUCCUGUGUUAGGGAGGUGGAAUGAAGUAGGGAUAGAGCAGCAGGCCCGGCCCCACCCUUACCUGCCGUUCUGAGGCUAGCCGCAGCAUGCGUAGCCUUUGUGUGUACUUAGGUCACAUGGCUGGUCCCAGGGCCAGCACAGGCCCAAGACUGGGCCUCGUGGUUUUAUUUUUAUUUAACUUUAUUUUCUGUGUGUGUGUCUUGUGUCUGUCUGUCUGUCUGGUCUUUGUCUACUGCCCUCUAGUGUUAAGUGGGAGCCUGGAGGAGUCUUCCACUUCCCCACCUUUUCCCAAGUCCUUCCCUCUGUCACCAGCCAUCCCUCUGGCCCUGGCAGAGAGGGUCUCGGGCAGGAAGGGACCUGGAGUGGCCUGGUCCCCCUCUGACCUCCUCCUCAGGCCACCAGUGUUGCCCUCUUCCCUUUUUAAAACAGAAUACCGUUGUUUGUAAAUCCUUAGACGCUUGAGAAUAAAACCCUUCCCUUUUCUUCUGA